CGGCGGAGGGAGGGAUCAGAAGAAUUUCAGUCCAGUUCCCUUUUUUUUUCUUUCUAUUCCACCAACGCAGAAACGGCGAAUGACCGGUGAAUCGUAGCUGGAGAAGAUAAACAUGAGCCGGCCGACGGUGCACCCGGUGGAGCCGCCGCCGGCGAGAGAUGUGGCCAACCAGCACCAGUACCAACCGAGGGUGAGGAUGAAGCAGGUUCAGGGCAUGCCGGGGACGAGAGGCGGCCUCACUCUCCGCUCACUCCAGGUGGCCUUCGGCGUCGUUUCCGUCUCCUUCAUGGCCACUACCAGCGACUUCCGCUCCGUCACCGCCUUCUGUUACUUAGUUAUUGCUGUGAGCUUGCAAAUACUAUGGAGCUUGCUACUGGGGAUUGUGGAUGUGUAUGCGAUUAUGGUUAAAAGAAGCCUCGGGAAACCAGUGAUGAUUCGGUUCUUCGCCAUUGGAGAUGGGAUAAUGUCCACCCUUACAUUUGCUGCUGCUUGUGCAUCUGCUGGCAUCACAGUGCUCAUAGGUAACGACCUGAAUAGGUGCUCGGUGAACCACUGCGUCAAGUUUGAAACAGCAAUCUCUAUGGCGUUUUUGAGCUGGUUUGCAACGAUGCCAUCCUUCCUCAUGAAUUUCUGGUCGUUAGCGAAUUCCCAGUAGGAAUUUCUGGGCUAGAGAAAGUAGGAUCUUGAAAUGUGAAUUGAAGAAGGUAAGACUCCAUGGAUAUUUGAUUGUGCUUGAUGUAUAGAUAGAUCGACCUUACUUCCGGUUCUCUUACUGUUGGAAAGGAAACCCCUUGAUUCGGGAAUUUAUGAAUAUAUCUUGUUACCAU